CUUGUGCUCGUAACACAUUUUGCAUAUCUUGCUACCUACCGACGUAAGCGUUUGGCCUGAAGAACCCUCGCGCGCUUUUGCACCCGAAACUCGCGCUCUUUCGAUACCCCCCGCGUCCUUUUACAAGAGGUUUACGAAAGCUGGCAUCUAGGAUGGCGCCCAUUACAGGCGUGUUUGUCAACUCGCGCAAGCAGAAGCUGCACACGCUCAAGUACCCGGCAAAGGGUGCCCCUGUGGCCGAGCUCUUCAUCCACCACGGUCUCGCGGAGCACUGCGGCCGCUAUGACAACGUGUGUCAGACGCUGGCGGACCAGGGCAUCGAGGUCACCACCUACGAUGCGCACGGGCACGGCAAGUCGGAGCCAACGGAGGAGGGCGGCCGCGCCUUCGUUGGCAACUAUAAGCACCUGGUGGAUGACAUGUGCGACUUCAUGGACUUUGUCCACAAGAACGAGUCCGCGCCCGCACCCGCGGCCCCGGCACCCGGUGCCGGCUCGGCCGCCGAGGGCUCCGCCCCUGCUGCUGCCGCCCCCGCAGCGGCGGCGCACGGCAAGCUGCCGGUGUUUGUGCUGGGCCACAGCAUGGGCGGCCUGGUGGCGGCGCUGACGGCGCUGCGGCGGCAGGAGCGGCUGGCGGGCGUGAUGCUGCACAGCCCCGCGCUGGACGUGGAGUGGAACCCCGUGCUGAGGGUGCAGGCGGCGGUGGGCGGGCUGCUGUCGGCGCUCGUCCCGCGCGCCAAGCUGGUGCCGGCGGUGCGGCCCGAGGACAUGAGCCAGGACCCGGCCGUGGUGGCGGCCUACGUGAACGACCCGCUCAACACGCAAGGCAACGUGCGCGCCCGCACCGGCAACGAGAUGCUGCGGGGCUUCGCGGAGGUGGGCAAGAACGCCCGCAAGCUGACGCUGCCCGUGUACGUGGCGCACGGCACCAAGGACGCCUGCACCUCCGUCGCCGCCUCACGCCGCUUCGUGGAGGGCGGCGUGAGCAGCGCCGACAAGACCUUCCGCGCCGUGGAGGGCGGCUACCACGAGCUGCUGCACGGCCCCGAGUGGCGCGACUGCACCGAGCACAUCGCCAGCUGGAUCAAGUCGCACGCCGCGGCGGCGGCAGGCAAGGAGGCGGGCAAGGAGGCCGCCAAGGCGGAGGCGGGCUCGGGAUCCAAGCUUUAGGAGUGGAGUGGCGGCGCGCAGGAAUGUUACAGUUCGCAUCACCGCCUGCAGGCGGUUGGGUGUCCCUGUAAAGCCGGGAGGCGACAGGCUCAGAGGCCAGGCCGCAGGCGGCGGAUUGAGGCUGGUGUGGCGGGCAGAGUGCUGACGGGUCGAGGCCAGGUACCGUGCCAGCGCCCAAUUCGUAUCUUGAAUGCUCCUUGUGAGAAGGCGAGAACGAGGUGUUUGCACAGUAGAAGCGUGCUGGGAUGGAUUUGGGGAUGCGGUGUAUUUGCGCGGUCUGGCCUUGCGUGCGCGUGAGACCACACGGUGAUUCUCGUAUGCUCGUAUACUAUAGAACAGGCUUUAUGGAGAGGUAAGAUUGACCACUGCACGUGCGGCGACUUGGCUUAGUAGUAGACCAACAAAAGAGCAGGCAGUGGCGCAGGAGGCCUGGUGUGAGGGCGGGGAGCGGGAUGAGGCCCAGCGUCGGCCUUUGAGGUACUGCUGUGUGCUGCCUGUCUGCGUGUACAUACUGCUGCACAAAAUACGCGUGUAAAACCCAAAAUAG